AUGGGGACUCACAUUCCUCAUUCCGCCGUCUCCGCAUCACGGCGGACACGACCAUCAUCGCUCUCGGCCCUCGGCCGUCUCGGCCUCCUCCUCCUCUCCUCCUCCUCCGUCUCGCUCGUCGCCGCCUCGCCGUACCCGCGCGGCGACAUCCUCCACGACGCCCGGUACGCCUACCUGGUCGGCCGGACGUGCGCCAGCUACUGCGGCGCCAACUCGCAGUACUGCUGCGGCUCCGGCGAGCACUGCACCACGCUCUCCAACGACGUCGCCACCUGCAUCGCCGACGGCGCCGUCGCCUCGCCGCUCUACACCACCACCUGGACCGAGACGCGCACCUACACCAGCACCAUCCUGACCUGGUUCAUCCCACCGCCCGCGCCCACCGCCGGCGUCGACUGCGUGCCCCAGCGGCCCGAGUGGGCCGCCUGCGGCGAGAUCUGCUGUGCCGGCUGGCAGACCUGCGCCUACCGCGGCCAGUGCUCCGCCAAGCCCGGCUACGGCGAGCCCACCACCGUCGUCGUCACCAGCAACGGCGUCGUGACGACUCAGUACUCGGCUCCGUACCGCGUCACCGGCACCACCACCAUCACCGGUACCGGCGUCCGCACCACCGACGGCAACGGCGGCGUCAUCACCGGGACGCCGACAACUUCAACCAGCAGUAGCCACACGGCCACGGCCACGCAAGACCCGGAUGGCGCCGCGCCCGGCGGCACCGCCAACAACAAGCUGAGCGGCGGCGCCAUCGCCGGCAUCGUCAUCGGCUCCCUCGCCGCCGCGGGCCUCCUCAUCCUCCUCUGCUUCUGCUGCAUCGCCCGCGGCCUCUUCCUCGCCAUAUUCGGCAAGAAGCGCGAAAAGGUCGACCAGUACGACGACUACAGCACCUCCACCCACUCGCGCCGCGACCGCCACUCCGGCUGGUUCGGCUUCGGCGGCGGCGGCGGCGGCGGGCGGCCCUCGUCCGUCAGCGACCGCCGCAGCGAGAAGAAAUCCAGCAGCGGCGCCUGGUGGCUCGGCAUCGCCUCCGGCGCCGCAACUCUGUUGGCCCUGCUCAACAUGAAGAAGAAGGGCAAGAAGGAGCCGUCGCGCAAGGGCACCUCGCGCUACACCGACUCCUACUACAGCUACUCCGACUACAGCGGCAUCACUGGCAGCAGCGCCAGCUCCGGUCGCAGGACGGCGAGAACGGCGAGAACGGCGCGAACGGCGCGGACGGCGCGGACGGUGCGCACCGCCCGCUCGAGGACCAGCCGGGAUAGUCGUAGCCGCGUCGACAGCCGCAGCCGGCUCGACAGUCGCAGCCGCGUCGACAGUCGCAGCCGCGUCGACAGCCGCAUGGGAAUCGCGAGGUCCGCUUACACGGGCCGUUCGGAGUCUCGCCAUGAAUAG